AUUUUGCGCAACUCGUUAGCUGUCCAAUUUUUAUCUGUAUGCCAUUAAAUGAAAUAAACCAAUUAUUUAAUAACGCACAUCAAAUGUAUUAUUAUGAACUACUCUACUGCAUUUAUUGGAAUAAUUUUUAUUUUUUGUUUUUAAUCAAAUAACGUUUUGUCUAGGUCUACGAAGAUGGCUUUAGAGCUGAAAAAUAAGAUGAAACUCGACCCUGGGGAGGUUGGUGCAGCGGCCUGGUUGGACAGGAACCAGGCAAAUAUUAUAGCUUCAGGAGUUAUGAAAGGAGAUUGCUCACCACUUAAAAUUAUCGCCAUCAAUAAGGCUGGUAUUGAAGAAGAGUGCGAGCUCCCCUGUUCAGUACUGGCUAAUAUUGCUCCCAAGUCCGGACCUGAUAUAGAAAGAAUCAGUACGGGAACAAGAGCAAACUGAAGGAUACUGAACUUUACUCCACAACACAGGUAUAAAUAUUUCGUAAUUAUUUGUUUUAAGUGAUGUGAUUUUUCUCAGUUCAAAAAAAAACUACAUUAUUAUUCCCCCCCCGUUUCCCAACCAAUCUCAGGGAAGGUGGGGGGGGGAGAGUGGGGAGGAAUAACGUGAAAGUUCAGAAAAAAUGUCUGAAAUGAGAAGAAAAAUUAGAAAUAUCUAGAAAUAUUUAGUUUUCUCCAAAUGUUUAAGUUUUUCCUUGUUUUGUCAGUAUAAACCAGAUUUUUUGUUGCAGCUUUUACUGGAAAAUAACCAGUUGUUGUUGUUGAGGUAAUACAUGUAUAGUGGUGAGCAUCACAGCUUGGAGAUUUUGAGAUGUUUUCUCAAAUCUCACGAGACGAUCCAUGCAAUUUCCGAGAAAAGAUAGUUUAACGCAGAUUUGAUUUUUAAAAAUUGCGUAUUUUCUACUUUUUUAAACAUGUUAAAAUGGGAUAAAUUAUGAGA